UGACUGAAACAUUAGAAUUUUUCGAACGAUCUUUUUAGUGGCAAAAAUGGAUUCGAAUAGAAUAGUUGUGUUCUGCAUUUUCAUCAUCACUGCAUUUACCAACACCCACUUUGCUUUCGGUCAAUACGAACCCUUGUACAUAUCAAAAUCGUACGUUGGUAACGAUUACUAUUUAAUAUACGAUGUGGAAUACGAAGACGACGCAAACAAACAACUCGUUGUGAUAGAACCUUUCGGCGAUGUAGUAUUCGUAGCAUGCCCGCAAGUGGAUGAUUUAAAAUCUCUUGAAAUACGAAACAAUUUACAGAAGAAGGCUCCUUACAGUCUUGAUUGCCAAACUCCGAUUAAAUCGCGAGUUUUCAAAACCACGGCUCGGAACAUGCUACCGGACGUCAUCGGAUUUAUGAUUUCUACACCGACCGAAGAACAUCCUCGUAAUUACGAAGAUGUACCUGAACUCCAUACAGUAGUUUCAAUAAUUCGUUUCCAAUUUGACAAAACGCUGCUUCGAAUUAAAUGCGUUGAAUAUCGUCUCGGAAUUGGUACAUUUUUGAAACACGAAAUCAGUGGCGAAUAUAAAACCAAAGAGUACCAAAAGAAUUCAGAUAUUUUUGGAUACGAUCUCGACGACUUAUAUUUUCGGACCUUCCUUCCCAUGGUUAAAGUCCCACUAGCACCCGAAGAAGAUUUUUUCUUCUCUAAUUGGAAAUCCGCCUCAAAACAUAAUGUUUUGACCGCUCCAAUGUGGCAACAACUGCUAGUUCAGUGGCAAGCUCUGGAAAUGUUCACACGAAAAGUGGCCCAAAUUAUUGAUUCAGUCAGAGUGAAAACAGGAGUUUACGAAACGCUCACUGCAAAACCCAAAUUUGGUCGCUCUCCUCAAAAAAUCUUCUUACACGAUGAAAAACACCCAAUACCCAAGUAUUUCUGGAAAGCCAUUUACAUAGAAAUUGUUGUGCCAUCUUUUAUACAUCACGACCACGGAAUCUUAUUCGUAAUGCAUAAUGUCGACCCUCUUGCUAAAUCGGACGAAGAAAAGAUCUGUCCUAACGAUGAUCUUUCGAAAACAGGAUGGAAAUUUCUACCUGAUAACUUUCAAAUGAAAUCUCUGAUGUAUGCUUGUUUUUUAAAUAAAAAAAAUUUAGAAUUUUUCCAAGAAAGAGAAAUGAAUUCUAUAUUUGGCUAUAAACCAUUUGAUUUGAACAAAGUGCCUGUAAGAAUAACCGAUGCUGGAGGAAACACAACUGGUGUUAAAGAAAUUAAUGUUUUGGAAGAAAUGGGAAAAUUGGAGAACGCCAAACAGGAGGGUGAGAAUUUUACAUUGUCCAAGUUGUAGACAAUUCGUAAUUUUUCGUGUUAUUUAGCGUUCAUUACCUACCUAUAAUUAAAAUAAGAAUAAUUGUAAUAAAUAAAGUUAUUUUAAAAUAAACCAUUU